AUGAAAACAGUUAGAAAAGCUCUCGCAACGAUUUCAGUACUUUUUGUGUUUCCGGAAAAAGUGUACCGUUAUUUGUGGAAAUACGCACGGCAAGUGGCUCAGCUGCAAACCGAGCAAACGAGCAAGGAACAAGCAUAGUAUACAUACACACAUAAUUUGUGUAGGAAAGUAGAAAAAAAACUGUAAAAAGUUUUGUAAUUAAAAUUGUCGAAAGUUGGGACAACAAACACACAUACCUAUACAAAUAAAAUGGAUAUCUUAACUCAAAUUCUAAAUAUGAAUGCUGGUGGGGCGUAUGGUGGCGGUAAAGCGGGUGGCGCCUUUGAUCCACUCACAUUUGCCAUGAAGCCUCAAGUGGUGAUACGUGCUCUAUGUUGGCUCUUUUCUAUCGUUGUCUUCGGCUGCAUAUCAUCGGAGGGUUGGCGCACCGACGAGAACGGCAAGGAAGUGUGUCUGUACAAUGGCGAUGGUAUGGCGUGCAAAUAUGGCAAUACAGUUGGUGUAUUCGGUUUUCUAGCGUCGAUGGCUUUCAUCGUUGGUGAGUACCUGUUUGAACGUAUGUCAUCGGUGAAGAGUCGGAAACGUUAUGUGAUGGCGGAUAUGGGUUUCUCAGCUUUCUGGGCUUUCAUGUAUUUCAUUGCAUUCAUUUACUUAUGGUCACAAUGGUCCUCCGCGCCUAUGCCACCAGGCGGUGUUGGCGCCAGUAAUAUGGAAGCGGCUAUUUUCUUUGCAUUCUUAUCAAUAUUUGUGUGGGCACUUUGCGCUUUCCUGGCAUACAAACGUUUCCUGAUCGGCGCCGGUGAUGAAUUCACAUCCGCAUUUGAAACCGAUCCAGCGAACGUGGUGCAUCAGCAAGCCUACACAAGUUAUUCCAUGGACAACGACAAUGAUCAAUAUAGCACGUCACCGUUUAGUGGCCAACAACAACAACAACAAGGUAUGGAACAACAAGGCAUGGAAUAUCAACAGCCCACCUAUUAAACUCAGACGGCUAGUGAAGUAUUAGCAUUUCAAUGUCAUAGGAUAAUAAAUAAAUUAAGAGCCAAGGCGUAUAUGAAGAAUAUGCCAUUUAUUGAGCUCGUCAAAUUGCGCUUGUGGGAGUUAUAUAAGUUUGUAUGUAAACUUUGCGCUGUUCCAAGUUAAAUGAACAGUAAAUACAGAAAAAAAAAAUUUUGGAAAUUUAAAUUAAAUGAAAUAUGAACCGAGAAACACCGAUACUAAACAUAUAAAUACAUGCAU